UGUGUGCCCUUUUUCCCCUCUUCGACCCGAGAGAAACCUGAACCAGAUCUCAACGUUCCAUUUUGUCUUCCUCCCCACACUCCCAGAGCUUCUUCACUGUUCAUCUUUCAAAUUUCCAGCGCCAAUCGAUAUCUUCCGCCGCCGUUGGCCUCAUUCUGGGAACAACUAUCCAGGACUUUAUCGGAGGUUGAUCCUUGCUGGAUUUGAAGAAAUAUGGCGUCUCGAAACCAGAAUAGGCCCCCUCGUAGUCCAGCUAAGAAGGAUGUUCCAGACGAUAUUCCUUUAGACAAACGGAGGAAGAUUGCGGCUGGAAGAAUAUUAGGACCUGCAGCUGGUGCCCGAGGAAGACAGCCGUUUGUAGAUGUUAACAAUAGGCAGGGGGUUUCUGCUAAUGAUGCGUGUAGCACCGACGAUUCUGAAUGUGGCACCGUAGAGUUCACGAAAGAAGAGAUUGAUGCGUUGUUAAGUGAGAAGCUAAAAGGGAAGAAAUUUGAUCUGAAGGGGAAAGUGGAUCAAAUAACUGAUCAUAAUAAGAGGCUCAAGCUUUGCAUAAAAUGGUUUCAACAAAUCGAGGAAAGUCAUCUACUUGAAGAGGAAAGACUUCGAACUGCUCUGGAAUCUGCCGAGAAGAAAUGCUCUGCUAUAGAGCUGGAAAUGAAAGAAAGAGCGGACGAGCUCUCUUCCACUAUUUCAGGGCUAAGGAAUAAUGUUGCUUCUUUGGAAGAGAAAUUUACUAAAGAAGAAUCUGAUAAGUUGGAUGCAAUGGAGAGUCAUAAAAGAGAGAAAGAUGCCCGACUUGCAGCCGAGAGUUUACAAGCCUCACUUUCAGGCGACCUUGAGAAAGCUCUACAAGAGAAAUUAGCCGCUGAAAAGAGGCUUGCCUCUAAUGAAGAUUUGUACAAGAGGGCACAAGAGUAUAAUAUCAGUCUUCAACAGUAUAAUAGCAAACUCCAAGCUGACCUUGAUACGACCAGCGAGUCACUCAAACGAGUAGGAAUGGAGAAAAUGACAGUUGUGGAGAAUCUUAGCACAUUGAGAGGUCACAAUAAGACGCUGCAGGAACAAUUAAAAUCUUUGAAAGCUUCAUUAGAGGAGGCAAUGAAACAAAAAGAUUCAUUGACGAAUGAAAUCAAGUGUCUUCGGGAAGAGCUACAACAAGUGAGAAAUGAUCGUGACCGUCUAACAAGUCAGGUGCUGGCCUUGACCGCUGAAAUGGAGAAACUUAAAGAGUUCAGCGGUAAAUCAUCUAUUGAAUUGGAUAGCCUGACUGUGAAAACAAAUUCCUUGGAGGAGACAUGCUCUUCACAAAGGGAGCAAAUAUCCAUGCUCGAUCACCAACUAACAGCUGCAAAUGAAAAAUUAAAAAGGGCAGAUUUAUCUGCUUUCCAGACUAGAUCAGAAUAUGAAGAACAGAAAAGGUAUAUCAGUGACCUACAAAGCCGCCUGGCAGAUGCAGAGCUGCAAAUUACAGAGGGAGAGAAGUUAAGAAAAAAACUUCACAACACAAUACUGGAAUUAAAAGGGAAUAUUCGCGUAUUCUGUCGAGUGCGACCCUUGCUACCAGAUGAUGGUGUAGAGACCACGGUUGUCUCCUAUCCAACAUCAACAGAAGCUCUUGGCCGGGGUAUUGAUUUGUCACAAAGUGGGCAGAAAUAUCCAUUCACAUUUGACAAGGUGUUUAAUCAUGAAGCAUCACAGCAAGAUGUUUUUGUAGAAAUAUCCCAACUGGUGCAGAGUGCACUUGAUGGUUACAAGGUUUGCAUAUUUGCUUAUGGUCAAACAGGAUCUGGUAAAACUUAUACAAUGAUGGGAAGACCCGAAGCUCCAGAGCAGAAAGGGUUGAUACCACGAUCUCUUGAACAAAUAUUUCAAGCUAGUCAAUCCCUUCAAUCUCAGGGAUGGAAAUACAAAAUGCAGGUUUCCAUGUUAGAAAUAUAUAAUGAAACCAUCCGUGAUUUACUGUCAACACAUCGAUCAAGCGGUUCAGACAUAGUGAGGACAGAAAAUGGUGUUCUUGGUAAACAGUACACCAUUAAACAUGAUGCAAACGGGAACACGCACGUUUCAGAUCUCACCAUCGUUGAUGUCUGCAGUAUUAGAGAGAUCUCUUCACUCCUUCAGCAGGCUGCUCACAGCAGGUCCGUAGGUAGAACUCAAAUGAAUGAGCAGUCAUCAAGAAGUCAUUUUGUAUUUACACUGCGUAUAUCAGGCAUAAAUGAGAGCACUGAACAACAAGUUCAGGGGGUUCUAAAUCUCAUUGAUCUUGCUGGGAGUGAACGGCUUUCAAGGAGUGGGGCAACUGGGGAUCGGUUGAAGGAAACACAGGCUAUCAACAAAAGUUUGUCGUGUUUGAGCGAUGUCAUAUUUGCCUUGGCUAAGAAGGAAGACCAUGUUCCGUUUAGGAACUCCAAGCUUACAUAUCUUCUCCAGCCAUGCCUAGGCGGAGACUCAAAAACUUUGAUGUUUGUCAAUAUCUCACCUGACCCAUCAUCUGUGAAUGAGUCGCUUUGCUCGCUUCGGUUUGCGGCCAGAGUGAAUGCUUGUGAAAUUGGAAUCCCUCGCCGGCAAACAACCAUGCGACCUGUAGAUUCCCGCUUGAGUUAUGGCUAAGAUUGAGUUUAGUUGUACUCUGUUGCAUUUGCAUACAUAAAUCUUAUUUCUCACAGGGUUGUAGUAUUACUGAAGUGUUGUAGAUGUUUGGUGUUGGGAUCAACCACUAAUUUGUAUUAAUAUCAGAGUUAGAAUCAGGCUGUGUGAUUUUAACAUGAUUUUUCAAAUUUUAUUUUUCUGUACAACAGUUUAUGAUUUUAUGAACCUAAAG